CUUUCUCUCUCUCCUUCCUAAGGUCUUGAAUUUAAGGGAAUGUAGGUUGAUUUUUGAAGAAACAGGAAGACAAAAGAGAGGUCACUGACCCAUACUAUACCAUGUUCUUCAAAAUAUACAUCUUAAAUUCACCUUCAUUUAAUGCUUAUGAUAUCUUCUUGUAUUAUUAGCUGAUUUCUUCUACUCACUAUUUAAACACAUUUUUAGUACAUCGCUACUAGACAAUAGUAUUUGCUUUGAAUCUUUCUCUCACUCUUAAACCCUAACAUAUCAUGUCAAAAAUCUCUUGUUUUGCUAUGAUCUCCCUUUUAUGCUUAUUAUCCAUGAGUACAUCAUCGAGCGCGAGCCGACGACUUGCCGGAGUUGUUGUUCACCAGGAGCAACCUCAAAACACCACAUCUCAUGAUCCUAUGAAGAAAAUGGAGACGGUGAAAGUUAAGAGUACUAUCAACAUGAACCCAUCACAAGUGACUGCUACGAAAUUAGGCAACGAACAUGGGACGAAGGCAAUGAAGAAGGAGAAAAACACGAAGCAAAAGAAGGAAGAACACGAUCACAAGGCCCAACAUGAUGCGAAACAAUACAAAAGACAAGAUGGAACAACGCGUGCAUAUACUAAAACUUCAACGAAACUUGUUAAGAGGAAGAGUCCUAGAGUUGUAUUAUGGCGUGUGCCGAGACCGAAAAAUGAAGUGCCACAAACAGGUUUUAACUUAGAUUAUGCACCACCAAAAGUGCACCCUCCUACUCACAACUAAAAUUUUGAAUUUUGGAGUUUCGAAACGUUGAGAAAACUAAGUAGUUAGAGUUAAGCGGUACGUUGAUAAGACCAAAUAAUCUACGGUCUUUUAUAUAUGAAAUAGUAGUAGAGUGUAACAACUCCUUUUUUUACAUAAUAAUAUAUAUUUUUUUCCUUCUAAGAAAUAGUAUAUGAUCACUUACGUAAUUAAUCUUAUUAC